AGACAAACAUUUGGUAUGCGUUGUCAACGACAACAAAUCAUAGCCGUCGUUCCCCCUAAACAGAAAUUGUCAAGUGAUUAUUUGAACUUGAUUUUGUUCAAAGUUUGAUAUUACAUAGUAAUUGUUGGUGUCUUAAAAGUCAAGAUGAGCCACUUGGAAGGAGGGCCAUUGUCAGCUUAUAAUAGCUUGUUAGAUCCCCAUCUUGCGGGUUAUUUUUCUAACGACAAAAUGAGACGUCACCUUAGACGAUCAGGACUGAUUACUAGAAAUGGGAACAUUAUAUCGGAAAAUUCAUAUAGAAUAAAUAUGGCUAAAAAGGAACAUAAGAAGCAUGUAAGAGAUCUUUUAGCUCAAGCAAUUGUUCAUAAAACCUUAGACGUGGAGAGAAAUCGACAAGUUCUGGUAAAGAAAAAACUUGAGGAAAUAUCAAAAAUUGAACUUGUUAGAAGAGUAAAGGCUGAUCGCGGAAGGAAAGGUGAUGAAGAGAUCCUACCAUAUCUUAGCCCUAAUUCACGAAAGCCAAGACCUUCCUCCGUUCCUGCUAGACGACCAGAAAGUGGUCGCUCAAGUCAAACGGAAAGUGAAAGGUAUUCUACCAACGAUAGCAUAUCUGGAAGGCGACGCCCAAGUUCUAGUGUCGGCUCAAGAGGAAGGGUUGCCUAUCCAAGUGAUGAAAUUGAUGACAAACAUCUGCGCAGUCUCCCAAGAAGAUCAUUAGAAAAUUAUUUUAGAACACAAAACCUUGAUGGUGACCAAAUACCUUCACCUUAUACGUAUCCUCAUUUUAAUGGACUAAUGGCUCCAUCACCACCAAAAGCCACCCCUCGUGGUUCAGGCAAGAGGAAUACUAGAAAAUCAAAAAAGGCUCACGUUCCGAAAGAGACGAAUGAAACUAAGGAAGAAGCAAGUAUUGAAGGGAAUUUAAUGCUCCAUAGAUGCGAACCAGCUGUAAAAUACCAAGAAAAAAUGCAAACUUUUGCAACAGUAGCAAUGCACUAUUUUGGUCGAGAUUUAAAAUUGGACUAUGAACGUUUUGACGACGGAAAAGAUGAAAUUGUUGUUGAACAACAACACUGUGGCGGUAAUACAUUGAUUGUAUUUAAAGAACGGCUAGCUUCCAACAGUGACUUUAAGUUUUUCUCAAGACGUCACAAAGGCUUCCCGUUUUCCUUAACCUUUUACAUAAAUGGAGUUAAAGAUAGCAGGAUAAGCACUUGUUGCGAAUACAAGCAUUCUGUUGGAAGGCAUCUAGGUUGCAAGAAAGGCCAUUUUGGUAUGGUUAGUGUUGAAGGAGCAGCACCGUGUUACAAAUGUCUGGUUGGAGAAAAGCUAAAUCAAGAAAGUAAGAAAAAGAAAAGGAAAACUAAAAAAGCCCCCCGAAGUCCCCAAACUAAAGAAGACGACAUUAAAGUACCUGUCUCUGAAACUGGAAGAGAAAAUAAAUAUUCCAACAAUCGUACAUCUUCGAAGAAUAAAACUCAACAAUCUAACGAUCCUGCAUUGAAUGUUCCCAUAGAAGGUGAUAUUCCACCUAAUUAUGAAGAUAGUAGUUCUGAGUGGGAAACUUUAAGUGAGGGAAGUCCAAGGGAAGAAAUAUCUCGUAGGCGAAAGUUGAAAGCAAAACUGAUUCAAACUGGGGAGAGUACUGAUGAAGAAUACAAGAUGAGAAGAGAGAGAAAGUUAAAAAAAAUGUUAAGGCUAAAUUUACAGGAGAAUUAUGAUGAGGAGGAACAGCUUUUAAAGGAAAAAUGGAGUGCUUUAAAUGAGAGUACUGAUUCUAAUAAAGAGGACGGAAUUGAUGAGGAAACAAAAACAGCUAAAGCUACAACAAAUACUGAGGAAAGUUCAACUUCAGCUACCAAAACAAGAGAUACCCAUAGUCGUCAGUCUACAGAAGCUACAUCAUCCCAAACUAGAACUAAUGACUCAGGAUCUGACUCUGAAAGUGAUCAGUCUACUACAAUUGCAACUGCAGCAAGUCGAACAAAUGCGACUUCGACUGAGAGAACUAUGGAAACCGGAUCUUCUUCAUCGGAAAGCGAAGAUAGCAGUAGUUCGUCUUCAGAUUCAGAAUCAGAAUCAGAAUCAGAAAAUGAAACAGAGACACAAACGGAAACAGCAACACCAACAACAGCAACCAGUAAGACUACGAGAACUGAAAAUACAAAUGAUUCUGACUCUUCAGAAUCGGCAACGACUUCAGUGACUGAGAGUAAUACGAAAACAGAAGCAACAACACCAACAACAGCUACAAGUAAGACUACGAGAACUGAAAAUACAAAUGAUUCUGACUCAUCAGAAUCGGCAACGACUUCAGUUACUGAGAGUAAUACAAAAACAGAAGCAACAACACCGACAACAGCUACAAGUAAGACUGCGAGAACUGAAAACACAAAUGAUUCCAAUGCUUCUGAAUCGGCAACGACUUCGGUUACUGAGAGUAAUACAAAAACAGAAGCAACAACACCGACAACAGCUACCAGUAAGACUACAAAAACUGAAAAUACAAAUGAUGCCGAUGAUUCUGAAUCGGUAACGAAUUCAGUUGUUGAAAGUAACUCGAGAACCGAUGGAAAUAUCUUUGUAGAAAGACGAGAAAACACUGAUAUAAUAACUCGAGAUAAAUCACUUUUGAGCCGUCCUCAGUCAACUUCUUCAUUGAAAUCAGUUUUGAAAUAUAAAUCUGAUACAGAAUCUCAAAGUAACAGAAGAAAUUCAUCAGCUAGGGCAAGCGUUAAAUUCGAAGAACAACCAAAACAACAGAAGAGUAUCCACGACGAUCGAGAGAGCAGCAAUGAGUCUUCGGACGAAGAUUCCAACCAUUCCGGGCCAGAACAUAUAGAAGACCCAAUAGAUGAGACCAAAAAAGAAGAAAAGUAUGAAGAUGACUUUGAAAAUCACGAUGAAGGUUCAAGAAACGAUUCAAGAAAUUCAGAAACUAGUACUUCUUCGGAUUCAGAUGAUUCAAGUAGCAGAGCCUCUUCAGACGAAUCAGACGCAUCAAAAACUAAGAUGAAAUCAGUCUCUUAUGGGAAAACUACAGUUUAUAACGAACCUACUUCUCCGAUACCUGGUUUGGAUGACAUUAAGAAAACUCCCAAAGUAAAAAGUAUUACAAGAAGGGAGGCUAAAAGACGAAGACAACACUCUCUUGACAGCAAUUCUACUGAUACAAAUAGUCAAAGUGUUCCUAUUAGUGAAAAAAUUGAAAAAGUGGAAAUAGCAGCUGAAGACAGGUUUAUAGCGCAAGAAACAGAAGUUAAAGAAAUAAUUCAAACACAGGAAACAGUGGUUUCAGAGACAGCCGUCGAAGAGAUAACACCUAAAUCGAAAGUUUCUAUUGUCUAUGAACGGGACGAAAGUGAUGAGUCUGAUUCUGUGCCGUCGAGGAGAUCUUCAUUUGCGUCUACCGCUUCUUCCACACCAAGAUCCCAAAGGCAGUCGAAGAAAUUAUCAGCCAGAAGUGAUUCUGAUACCAAUUCCAUGUUUUCUUAUCGAAGUAACUCUUCAGGAGCAAAUGAAAGAACGUUGACACCAACUCCUUUACGUAGGACUGUCGCCAGAGAAUUAAAUAAUGGAAACUCAUUUGAAAGAGCAGAGGGAGGAGAUAAAACAGAGGAGCAAGAAGAAAGAGAAGGGAAACAAGAGGAAAGAGAAAAGGAAAAAGAAAAGAACAAUGAAAGUGAUACAGAUAAAAAAUCCAAACACAGGGGCGCAAGUAAAAGUGAUAGAAACACUGCAGCUGACAGGGACAAAAGUACUGAAAUAUCUCUUACUUCGUCAGAAGAAGAAUCUAAUACAGCUGGAAAAAAUACUGAAAAUAAAGAAGCAUUUAACGAACAACAAGUUCCAAAUACAGAGUUUAUGCAAAUGCAUUCUGGCGAUAGAGUGCCUCAUGCUGAAAACAACAGUGAAAACGAAGAGUCUAUUAAAGAACAAACUGUUCAAAAGCUUCAAUCAAGACUAGAUACAGAUCCCUUCAUGCCAAGGAAACAUAAAUUAAAAAACGAAAAAACUGCAAAAGACAAAGAAGAUUCUCCAGAUUCUAAAAGUGGUGAGGAUAAAGACACCAGUAGUAACGCUUCAUCACCAAGAUUUCGAAAAGGUAGCCGAUACCUACGGAAAAAACCUGAUGCAGCUGCUGGCAAAACCAACGAGCAAUUGCAUUUUGUCGAUAAUGUACCUCAUGCGGGAAACAACAGUCAAAACGAAGAGUCUAUUAAAGAACAAACUGUUCAAAAGCUUCAAUCAGGACCAGACACAGAUCCUUUCAUACCAAGGAAAAUUAAAUUAAAAAACGAAGAAACUGCAAAAGAUAAAGAAGAUUCUCCAGAUUCUAAAAGUGGUGAGGAUAAUGACACCAGUAGUGACGCUUCGUCACCAAGAUUUCGAAAAGGUAGCCGGCCCCUAUGGAAGAAAUCUGAUGCAGCUGCUGGCAAAACAAACAAGCAAUUGCAUUUUGACGACAAUAUACCUCAUGCAGAAAAUAUUUCAGCCAAUAAUACCAUGUCUGAAGUUCAAGAACAGUUGAAGCAGAUUUUGGAAUUAAAACCAAGUUCACCUCUAAAUACCCUGUCGAGUACUGAAGAUUCGGAAUAUUCAACUUCUGACGACGAAGACGAACUAGACGAUUCUGAUAGCGCCCGUAAUGGUCCCACGCUGCUGAUAAGAGAGGAGAAUCCAAAAGAGGAAAAACAAACAUCAGGAAAGGAAGAUGAAAGUGAUCAAGAAGAGGAAGAAACUGAUAGUGAACACGAAGAUUAUGAUAAGCCAUUUGAAAAAGAGUUUGAGAGGGCUCGUGAAGAUCCUACGUCGAUAGAAUUUGUCAACACAGAAUUGAGUGUGGAUCAAACUAAACAACUUGCCGAUUUAAUGGAAGGGAAAGUUGAGCAGCUAACGCUCAUUAACGCCAACAUAACAAACGCACACUUGGAAGUUUUAGCGAAUGUUUUAUCGGCACCAGACGUACCACCAACUUUAAAGACGUUAAAUUUAAAUAAGAAUCAAUUAACGCCUGAAGCAAUUCCGCAUCUUGCAAGGAUUUUACAAGCACAGACAAAUAUCGAAUAUUUACUGUUAAGUAAUUUUAAGUUGGGAGGAAGGGGAUGUACUCAAGUCGUUGAAACUCUCAUAAGUAACAAUUUAUCUUCUCUGAGGCAACUCGAUUUAAGUGAUUGUGAAAUAGAAGGCGCAGGUGUUAAAAUACUUUCAAAAUUAAUUGAACAGGAAAAUAAAUUGGUGAAUAUAAGUUUAUCCUUUAAUUCCGCUACUGAAAGCACAUGGAAUAAGCUUUUCAAGACACUUGGUGAUUCGAAAGUUUUACGCACACUCUCAUUGGAUAAAUGUGGUUUGACUGAUCGUAAUUUGAUUGUUUUUUGCGACUCGCUUCGAGUGAAUGAUGUACUAACAUCUGUUGAUUUAGAAAACAACAACAUCACGGACGAAGGAGCUCAGCUACUCUUAGAAAUCAUCCAAAAUGAAAACAAAAGUUUAACCGUUAUAACUUUAACACCUGGUAAUUCUAUAAGUCAGAACUUAUUGAACGAUAUAAAAAUAGAAUUACAAAACAGAACUUUAAGAUAA